AUGGAUUUUCAGGAAGACAUGGAUUUUCUGGAAGACUUGGAGAUUUGCUGGAAGACCUGGAGGUUACUGGAAGACAUGGAUUUUCUGGAAGACGUGGAUCUCUAGGAAGACGUAUAUUUGUUGGAAGACCUGGAUUUAGUGGAAGACAUAAAUUUUCUGGAAGACGUGGCUUUAUUGGAAGAUCUGGAUUUAUUUAGUGGAAGACAUAAAUUUUGUCUGGAAGACGUGGACUGACUGGAAGUGGAUUUGGUGGAAGACAUGGAUUGACUGGAAGACCUGGAUUUUUCCGAAGAUAUGGAUUUGACGGAAGACAUAGAUUUUCUGGAAGACGUGGAUGGAGCGGAAGACCUGGAUUUCUUUCUGGAAGACAUCAAUUGACUGGAAGACCUGGAUUUUCUGGAAGACAUAAGUUAGCUGGAAGACUUGGAUUUGGUGGAAGACAUAUUUUUUCUGGAAGACGUGGAUUGGCUGGAAGACUUGAAAUUGCUGGAAGACGUGGAUUGUCUGGAAGAAUUGAAAACAAUGGAAGACAUAGAUUUUCUGGAAGACGUGGAUUUUCCGGAAGAUGUUGUGGAAGACCUAUAAUUACUGGAAGACAUGGAUUAUCUGGAAGACGUGAAUUUUCUGGAAGACAAGGAUUAGCUGGAAGACUUGAUGCUGUUGGAAGACUUGGGAGUUGCUGGAAGACCUGGAGUUGUUGGAAGACCUUGA